CGCUUUGGACAGAGGGUGUCAUCAAGCCGCACUGACAGCUUCCGUGUGUGGAUCGAAAAGAAAGGAAUAAUACGUGGAUUUGCGCAGCAGAUCAAAUUGGUUUGUGCUCUAUUAUUUUGCUCAGCGAAAGUACAACAUUGACUGCGUUUAACAGAGAAUACAUCCUUUCUCCCCAAAGAACAAGAACAAGAAGAGAUUCUGAGAUUAAAGAUCAGUGUAUCUACUUUCUUACAAUUGAAGAAAAUGGAGAGUCUGGCAAAAACAACCGACGAAUGCAAAAUGGAGAGUUUGGCAAAAGCAACCGACGAAUGUAACGAACAGCUAAAAGCGAGCUCACUGCAAGAUAAGCCUAGUCCGAGUCGGAAGCAGGAAGCAGUUUCAGUAGGCAGUGGAGAUCAACACAAAAGAGAUCAAAUGACCGGUUACGAUACUUUGAAACAGAUUGGAAAAAAGCAUCGAGCUGAGCAUUUCAGUCUGGGAGAUUUGAAAAAGGACUACAGCACGGCGUUCGAACAAAAUGUGCAGCUGUGUGGAACGCAAGUACCGUUCAGUAAAUUGUUUGCAGUCUAUUUAGAGAAUGAUUAUGAAACAAGCUAUUGUAAUUGUAAUGUAGGGGAUACAGAGGUCAGUUUGAGUCAUGCACUUUGGAUUUUAAACAAAUUCAACGCAAAUCCGACCGAAAAUGAACUAGAUUUUAUAUUGGAUGAGCACAUAUUUGUACAGCGGAAACUAACUCCAGUUAAAGAUUUGUUACAGUGUAUGUCGCCCAAUGUCGAGGAUUUGUUCGAUAAUUUUAAAAAAGGUUACUCUACGGAAUGGGACUAUAGUUUCUUGAGCUAUUAUGACAAAAAAUCGAAAGACUACGUACCUGUGCAGGAGUUUAACGACACUUUCUCCGAUGCUAAGGAGGAAUGGCUAAGGAGUAUACCGCUACAGCCGCAGGUUGAUUAUGAAUAUAGCGAAGAAAAUUUACAUGAGCUGUUGGAUGAUGACCACAUCCCAAUGUUGCUUAUUGUGGGUCCGGCCGGCAGUGGCAAGAGCACCUACCUACGCUGGUUGGCGCAAUAUAUCGAGCAGUACAAUCCCGCCUGGUGGGUGGUACGAUUCAGUGUAACCGAACAUUCGUGUUAUCUAAGCGCCAUUUUGAAGGGAAUGCAGUCUGAAACUGGUAACAACUGGAUGGCACCACAGCAGCAAGCGAUACAAACGUUAUUUCGUAUUUAUUUUUGCGUCCACUUUCAUUCGCUGGUAAUUACCAAUUUCCAAAUAGGAAAUUUAGUUCGCUAUUAUUUUCAUGGUGGACGGCAAGCGCUCAGUGACGCCGAACAAUCAGCAGAGAAAUGUUCCAGCUUUUUAAAGUUUGCGGGCUCAAAAUUAUAUCUGAAAUGUACGUGUCCGUUAUCAUUCGAGCAAACAGUAAUGCUACGCCUGUUUGUGGAGAAAUUUAACGCAAAUGAACUGUGGCUGCUGUUCGAUGGAUUCAACGAAUUGGCGCAAGGUGAUAAGGCUUUAGUAUGGAACAUGUUCACUGUCCUACAAGAUGUUGACACUAAAAAGACGAUGCGAGGACUGUACGUCACAUCUCGUACGGAGGAGCCCGAUUAUUUGUUUCGACGCGAGACGCUGUACCUCAAGCCGUACUCAGUCGCGGAUCAGAUCGUACACAUUGACAAGCUGUUGGAUAACAUUGAAUUCUGUGGAUCGUUAUCAGUGGAGCAGCGAAAAGAACUGUCCCUCACAUUCUAUAUACUAACUAAUCGGCUUGUACCGAGCUGCUACAAAUCGAUCUUAGCAGAGCCACUGUUCUUGGAAAUGUUCUGCCGACUAUGGAAUGUCGCAAUGCCCAAUAUGUUGCAGUUGGAAAAUUUUACCAUUUCGCGGAAGUUAAUAGACUUCCUAGCUGAGCCUAGAUAUUUAACUAUAUAUCAACUACUUCAACAUUUUAAUAGCUUUCGAUAUUGCAACGAAAAUCUUUCGCCUAUACGUAGUGCCGCAUGCAUCUUCCAAAACUCCGCCUUUGAAAUAGUAAGGCAUACGCGCGAUCUAGGCAUGCUCGCAAUGUGCACGCUCUUCGGCGAGCAAACAGUAAAGGCGCUGCUGUCUCCACAUGAAACUGAGUUCACCAGUUUGAUGGAGCGAUUGCGCACAAGCAUUUUUAAAUCGCGCGGCGUGUUUAAAGGUGUCGUUAAUGGUGUGCCAAUAUUCAAUCAUCAACUGUUUGUGGAACUGUACGCGGCAUCUUGGCUAUCGGAAAAUCUUCUAUCGCCCAAGGUAGCGUCCUUUUACCGAACGCAUGUGCACCCAUCGAUGGGAAGGGUGAGAACGCUUUUGGACAGUAUAGUCAUAUGCAAAUAUACAUACUUUGAACCAAACACGGGAGCGCAGCACGGCGUGCGGCGUGCGUAUAGACAGUGUCCAUGCUGUCCACAUAUGCAGCCCAAUGUAGUGGAUGAGUUAGGCCAUAGUCCAGACGCGUUGUUUCUGGCAGACACGCUUAGCACGGUGUAUAAUACGGGCGUAGGGGCCAACCAUUUGCUUAAUUGGUUAGAGAUCAUGCAGCAUGCACCAGCGGUCGGUACCCUAUUCAGUACCGUUGUAUUCAAAGCGGCACCGAUCGAUGUUGCGAUGCGACAUGGUUGUGCAGAAGCCACUGGUCGGCUUAUGCGGACCGGUUCAGUCUUUCGUCCCUCCGCAUUUGACGAGUACGCGAACGUUCCGAACACCCGCAAAUGGAACGCGCUCAGCCAUUGCCGUACGCUGAUAUGCCGGGACGGUGCAGCCAAGCUGGAGCAGUAUGUUUUCAAACAGCUGUACGAUGAAUUUACCAAGACCUCCUCAUUCGACGGUUGGUUGGGUGUUAACGCCUUUACACAUGUUUGGCAUCGAGGCGAUUUGGCUAGGAAAUUUCAUUUAUUGGACACUUGGCGUAUGAAACAGCAGCAAAGCACCUGGUACCUUUGCUUUUUUAUUCAUGAACGCCAGUUGAUCGGGGACACGGUACGCACAAUGAAUGUGCUGGAAGGGACAAACGUUGUCACGCGAUUGAAGGAGGUAAAGUCGAAUAACCAGCCGGUAAGGUUGUUGCUCGCUCGUGUCGAGGAGCGUAAUGCUUCGCGCAACGAGAUGAUUGACUUGGCCAAACUGCACGCCACGGUUAGAGAUUUCGAGGCAAAAAAGUACGCUCCAUUGUAUCUGAACGCACCAACAGUGGAAAUCAGAUCAGAUAGUUACGAUGAUCUUAUGGAUAUAGUAUACGCUGAGGAAAUCGAGCACGGUUACCAAUCAAUUUUCAUGAGGUGAACAGUGUUCGAAGAAAAGUAGUAAACUAAGAUUAAAAAAUUGAUAUUAACACGUCAAAACGUCAUUCGAUAAUCCGCACUCAAUCCAGUGCGGAUUGACAGAGCGAAUAAAAAGAAAGGUUUAUUAUCGUCGUUGAUGUAGGUAGAGUGCAGAAACAAAUAAAAUGUUUAUUUUCAACCGAAAACUAUCCGUAUUCAUUUUCUCGCUUCUUUAGUCAACACGUUUGUGGCACGUUGAAGAAUAUUAGCGGUGAACAGCGGGAAAGGUGCAGGUAAGUAUGUCAAACUAAGACAUAAAACUGCUGCAAAACCGUUAAAAAGAAAUAUAUCCCCAACUCAACUCAAUGGCGCAUACAAAUACAAUUUCUCAAAUCGGGAAAAAAGUACAUAAAAAAAACUUCCACAAUCUCUGUUUGGUUGUUUUGAGUUGUAUUUUACUUUGUUGUAACUGUAUCCACAACAUCAUCUUUGCAAUGCUCUUCUAUACAAGCAAAACAUCUAGCAGGCUCUGUCGUCCUUAUUAUUAGUCGUCCAUUCGUUGCCUGGUUGUUUUUGUUGUUUGUUGCCGCCUCAAUUUGCGCAUUUACAUCCUUUGGGAGUGUGUGGGGCUUUUCGUUUUCGAUUGUGAAACAUUUUGCUUUGCUGUUACAUCGCACAAACUGUGCAUUAGUAUAUACGCAGGACGAGGAGGACCUCCCUACCAUCCAUCCUAUCUGCCGUGUUUAUCACUCAGACCGUUAAUUCACUCCUUCCUGUCUGCUCUCCUUGCAUUCUAAUCACUGAGCCCUCUUUUACUCACUGAAGUUGAAAAGAAACCCAUCAGUGUGUCCGAAAUGCAGAUUUGUGUACUUACAGUUGCAGUUAAAUCGUGCCCCUUUUGAUACACAAUUAGUAUAAUCCCUUUUUCUCUCUCUCUCUCUCUCUCUCUCUCUCUCUCUCUCUCUCUCUCUCUCUCUCUCUCUCUCUCUCUCUCUCUCUCUCUCUCUCUCUCUCUAUUCCUCUCGUCAUGCGCGGCACAUAUUUUGACUGCUACACAUAAAUAAAGAUUAUUUUAGAAGCUUUUCGAUUCACAAUGAAAUAAAUUAACCGAAAGAAUUUGCACUAAAACAAAAGAAAA